CUUACAUAAAAUAAUUCGUAAAAUAUAUAAAAUCCAAAACAAAAUAGUAUAAAAAUCCAGAAUAAUUGAUUUGUUAUUUCAUUGAUAUUCACACCAUCAACAAUAAGAUAUAAUUUUUCCCGCAUAGCCCAAUUUUAAUUUUAUUAGCGGCGAAGAUCUCAAGUCUAUCAAUUAAAAGCAAUUGAGAAACAAAUGUACAUAAAGCAAAAGUGAAAAUGGAACGUGCUUAUACAAGUAAUUCUUCAAAUCUUUCCCAUAUUAAGGAAGCACCGGAUAAUCCUAUGGAAUUAUUUCAAAAAUUUAUCAACAUUAUGAGAGAAGAGAAUGAUUCAAGCACGAUAACAAUGUCUUUGGCUACAAUAAACAAAGAGUUUGGUGUUUUAAAUAGAACAGUUCUUUUUAGAGGAUUGUCUAAAAGAAGUGGAAAUAUAACUUUUGUUACUGAAAGAAAUAGUCAAAAAUAUAAAGAUUUACAAGAAAAUCCUAAAGUUUCGGUUGUACUAUUAUUUUUAAAAGAAAUCAAUGGAAAAUUACAAUAUCGUCAGAUUCGUGUUCAUGGAAGUGCUAUUGAGCUUUCAGAAGAUGAAAUUGCUGAACGUUGGAAAGAGGAACCAGUAUUUGCAAGAAUUCGUAGUAAAAUGGCUAGCUGUGGUGCACCAGUGAAAUGGGAUGUUUUAAAAGAAAAACAUGACCAAUUAUUAGAAGCUUAUAAAAAUGGAGAAGAACCUUUAAAUCAAAGCGAAACAUACACAUCUUUUGAAAUAAUUGCUGAUUCAAUAGAUUUUUAUUAUGCUGAACAUGAAGCUAUUGGAGAUAGAGUUAUAUAUCGUAGACAUGAAAAUGAUAUUUGGACUCAUGAGCACGUUUUCGCAUAAAUCUAUCUAUUAGUUGUUCCUAACUACUAAGAAUCUCUGCUUGAUAUUACAUUUGACGAAAUAAAAGAAUUAAUUAUUGAAAAAUGAAAAUUAUAUACAAUAUUGUUUUUAUUUUAUUUAUUUUUCAUUU